CCAUCGCGGCCGUAGCGCUAGUUAAAAUGCGACAUGCGAUUGGGGCGCCCGCGCCGAUAGGAUGGAUUACGGCCUCUUGCACUACGGACCAACCCACGCGUCGCCGCUCCAGAGGGCCCCACUUAGACCCCAUCACACCGAGAGGUGUCACUUCUGCCCGCCCUCGCUAGAUGGCAACGGCUCUGCAAUGGCCCACAGUGGUCAGUCCACUCCUCCGUCGACGAGCGAGGAGCAAGACCAACUCAAGCAGCGCAAUCAUCGCGAGGUCUUCGGCAGCGCUAAGCCAGUUUCAGGCACCACUUGGGAAGCACCAGACUGUUGCGUUGCUUGCCACAGCGGAGCAGUCAAUUUCUGCCGCAAAAUGCCCAAUAUCAAGGUUUUCAGCGGGUCGUCGCACUGCGAUCUCGCCCAGAAAGUGGUCGACAGGCUCGGCAUAGAACUCGGAAAGGUAGUUCUCAAGAAAUUCAGCAACCAAGAGACGUGUGUAGAGGUAGGGGAGAGUGUUCGUGGUGAAGAUGUGUACAUCAUCCAGAGUGGAUGUGGGGAGGUGAAUGACAACUUGAUGGAGCUGCUGAUCAUGAUCAAUGCCUGCAAGAUUGCCUCUGCAUCCCGAGUGACUGCUGUCAUACCUUGCUUCCCAUAUGCAAGGCAGGACAAGAAGGACAAGAGCAGAGCACCAAUUUCAGCCAAGCUCGUUGCCAACAUGCUGUCUGUCGCUGGUGCUGAUCACAUCAUCACAAUGGACCUACAUGCCUCGCAAAUACAGGGUUUCUUUGACAUUCCGGUGGACAACCUAUAUGCUGAGCCUGCUGUUCUCAAGUGGGUUCGCGAGAACAUACCCGAAUGGCGCAACAGCAUCAUUGUCUCUCCCGACGCUGGAGGAGCCAAGAGGGUCACAGCCAUAGCGGAUCGUCUCAAUGUGGAAUUUGCUCUGAUCCACAAGGAGCGCAAAAAGGCGAACGAGGUGGCCAGCAUGGUGCUUGUGGGAGAUGUCAAGGAUCGAGUUGCCAUAUUGGUGGACGACAUGGCUGACACCUGCGGCACCAUUGUUCAUGCAGCCGGCAAGUUGAUGGAAGCAGGUGCCAGCAAGGUGUAUGCCAUUCUCACUCACGGCAUCUUUUCGGGGCCUGCCAUAUCUAGGAUCAAUAAUGCCUGCUUUGAGGCUGUGGUCGUUACAAACACCAUACCGCAGGAUCAACACAUGAAAGAGUGCCCUAAGAUUCAGUGUAUCGACGUCUCCAUGAUCCUUGCCGAGGCGAUUCGCAGAACGCACAACGGAGAGUCGGUGUCAUACCUGUUCAGUCAUGUGCCAAUGUAAAUGGAAGGACAAUGCACACACCAUUGCAGUUGACAGAUAUUUCAGCACUUUUCAGUGAAGCAAUACUGAAGAACUACCAUGGCAUUUCUUUAUGCUCUGUUAACACCGAAGGAUCUGCCAAGUGAUGCAGAGACUGUUUGCUGCAAAGUCGUUGCCCAGACAAGCAGAUUGCUGUGUACAUUUGUGAUGCAUUCCAUUAUAGUCCAGAAGAAGUGCAGGCGCUAGGCAUUCUACUUGGGCAUUCUUUUCAUAUUGUCUUUGGCAUUAAAUGAGAGUUUUAGCUAC